AUGAAAGUUGAACCAGUCGAAGGGCACUUGGUCCUAUUUUUAGAAAAUAAAAACAUGGCUGGUCAUACUGCUGGUGAUCCAUUGGAAUGUUACAGUAUUCCAUUGGUAUUGAAUAAAGAUCCAGAACAAGAUGAGUUAGGUAAUCCUAUAAUGGGAGCUGAUGGCAAACCUAAAUAUAGAUGUGGAUUUAGAAUUGGUGGAGGAAUAGACCAAGAUAAUUCAAAGAGCCCUCAAGGCUACCCUGAUAAGGGUAUAUAUGUCACUUACAUACAUGACGAAGGACCUGCUGCAAGAUGUGGACUUACUGUUCAUGACAAAAUUUUACAGGUAAAUGGUCAUGACAUGACAGUAGUCACACAUCGUAAGGCUGUGGAGUAUAUUCAGAGGAAACCAGUUUUAAACAUGCUAGUUUACCGGAAAGGUGUUCCAAAUUUACAGACAAAACAACAGCAACCUCAGUUCCAGGCAUAUAAUCAACAAUCCGAUUACCCGAUGCAGUAUCAGUAGUUUCGGUUAUAUUAGGAUCAAAUUAUUUGUUGUAUUUUAAAUAUUUUCAGAUAAUAAUGUUUUCAUCACAGCCAGUAUAGGACUUGCCUUCGUUAAUUCAUUUUUAUCAAACAUAUUCAAAGAUUCAAAAUUGUAUAAAUCACUGCAUACUAAAAAUAUGUGUUCAGCCUCCAAAAAUUCACCAAAUUCUUAUAACAUUUUAUAUUUUUUAACCCAAAAAUUAUUUUAAUUUAGUGGGUAAAAAUUUCUUUUUCAUGGGUAUAGAUGAACUAAGAAAUUAAAGUUAAAUAAAGACAUGAAGGCACAUCAUUUUAUUUAGGAUUAAAUUUCAAACAGCCUACAAAAUUUUCUUGUUGAGUUUGGGUAACAUUGAUAACAAUUAUUGGAACAUGAAACAAAUAUUUGAAUCUCGGUAAAUUUUCAGAUGCAUAUGUUUUCAUUUGUACAUUAGUGUUAAUUUUUUUUGUUACAAAUAAUAAAGAGGUGCUCGUUGUUAAGAUUUUAUUUCAAUGAAUUGUCAUUAGUGUUGAAUUUUGUGUAUUAUAGGUAGUAGAUGUGAAAAUUGAAUCACAUGUUGUUAUGUAUUCUGUCUACUAGAAAUUGUGGUCAUAGAAAAUCAUAGAAAAUAUUGCUAAAAAAAGGUAGUUUUUCAUACUUAAACAUACAACUGAAUUGGCUGUUUCAACUGAAUU